AUGGCUUCCGCUCAUGUGACCGCACGCUCCAUACUCGCAUCAUUCCUUCCGCGACUCUCCCCAUCAACAGCGUCAAGUACCUCACGAUACACCACCUUAUUUUCACGACAGCUUGCCCACCCACUGCUCCCUUCAAUCAGCUUUGCUAUCCCUGCUGCGAUACAAAUCAAUGUUCCGGGGCUCCUCGAGGGAAUUUGGGAAUCGAUACUCCGAGCCGUUCCAAAGAAGAAGACCUCCCAUAUGAAGAAAAGACACCGGCAGAUGGCAGGAAAGGGAUUGAAGGACGUAACAUCUUUGAACAAAUGCUCUGUUUGUGGGAAUGUUAAGAGAGCACAUCAUCUAUGUCCUUUCUGCGUACAGGAAAUCCGUGGCUUUUGGAAGGGCAAGGUGGAGAAAACCACAUCGGAGAAGCCAUUAGAUGAAUAA